CACGCCUGUGUCGUAACAGAGGACAACAAAGUGGAUUUCAGCUUUUGCCCGGACUGGACAUUUCAAGAAGUCGAAGAAUAUUUUCGAAGACUUUUUCCAAAAGUCUUUGAGUACCUUGACUCCGUACAGAAUGAUGAUGUGAAGGGGAAGGCUGUCGAUAACGGAGCAUCGUGGGUGUUGAUUUCGAAAGAAAACCGCUGGCUGAGUGUUGCACCUGAGCCACUGCCAAACGGCAAACAUCUUGAGCGGUACAGAGGCAGAGAUAACGCACCUCUUGCAGCGACUAAUAUUUUUAUUGGU